CAGAACCCAAUCGUUCUCACUCUCCUGUAACCUGCCGGCGUUGCAUGGUCUUGUGCUCUGUAUUAGCGUUGUUUUAUUUAAUUUCUGAAUACAUAAUGGCUGAAAACAAAGAACGCACCUUUAUUAUGAUCAAACCCGAUGGUGUCCAACGUGGCCUCGUCGGCAAGAUCAUUCAGCGGUUUGAAGAAAAAGGCUUCAAACUUGUCGCUCUGAAAAUGGUCUGGGCAUCUGAGGAUCUUCUAAAACAACACUAUGCCGAUUUGGCUGCCAGGCCUUUCUUCCCUGGCUUGGUAAAAUACAUGAGCUCUGGACCCGUCGUCCCCAUGGUAUGGGAAGGUCUGAACGCGGUGAAAACUGGACGCGUUAUGCUUGGUGAAACAAAUCCCAAGGAUUCCGCUCCCGGAACUAUUCGUGGGGACUUGUGCAUCCAGGUGGGUCGUAACAUCAUCCAUGGUUCUGACUCCGUUGAUUCUGCCAACAAGGAGAUCAGCCUAUGGUUUGGAGAGAAAGAAAAGAAGGAAGUCAUUGACUGGGCUUCCUGGGCUGAGAAAUGGAUUUACGAAUGAAAUCUCUGAUCGAUGUGAUCAUCAUUCCAUGAUUUUUUUAUGGGAACACAUUAUGGCGUGGUCUUGCCAUUUUGACAAUGUAUACUUCCAUUUCGUAUUCUGGCGGUGCGGUGAUUGUAUAUAAGAACUACGCAAGAGAUAAUAAAUCAACAUUCGGGCAA